AUGUUCGUGAUGGUGCCCGUACUGUUUGUCGGUCAAAGACAAUUCAACGUACUACAGCAACCGCAUCUGAUCGUAUCUGUUGUAGCCGGCGUGCACGUAACUAUCUUUACCGUCAUUGGUAUUGGCCUGUCCAUAGACGCGUUGAGUUCACCGGUGGAAUCAGGACAGCAAAAUUACUUUGGCUGGGCCGUGUACUGGUCGAUAGAGAUCUACGGGUCCGUGGUCGAAACUCUGCUCUGG